GCAAACAAACCUCUUGCUCAUGACUGAAAUUAUUGACUGAAUACGUACAGGUAUUAGUCACGAGGCUGUAAAGAGGAAGUAACAUGGCGGCCGCACCGUCGAGUUUGGGGAAACAAAUCCAAGAAGAACUGACCUGCAGCAUCUGCCUAGGACUGUUCACUAGGCCCAAGGUGCUGCCUUGUCAGCACACCUUCUGUCAAGGCUGCCUACAGCAUCUUUCAGAGGGGGAGACAACUUUCCAGUGCCCAAUCUGUCGUCAACAGGUAAGGAAGCCACCCCAGGGGGUCAAAGAGUUGCCAAACAACCUCCUGGCUACAAGUCUGCAAACAAAAAUCCAACAACAGGCCACAGAGUCGAGAGAUUUCUGUUUCUUGCAUCAGUCUGAAGAGAUAAAAUUGUACUGUCAAGAGUGUGACGUGCCAGUCUGUAAUGAGUGUUUGGAUCAAAAGCAUGGCAACCAUCCCACAGUAAGUCUGAAAAAGGCCACACAGGAAAGAAAGGCUACAGUUCAACUGCUUAUUGACGAAGGCAGAAACAAGUUAGCAACUUAUGAUGCUUUUAUCAAAAGUCUGACAGAGAAAGAGAAAACCCUGAAGGAACAGAAACAACAAACAAAGAAUGGCGUUAUUGAGGCUUACAACCAUAUGGUGCAGAAACUCACGGAAAGCAAGGACUAUCUUUUGUCCGAGGUUGAGGAACAGGACAAACAAAACAUGGAAAUCUUACAAAAAGAGAGAGACAAAGUUUUUACUGAUGUUAUUGAUCUAAAGAUAGCAUGUGAUCGAGCAGAAAAAGAAAUGAGCAGAGGAGGUGUGGGCUUUCUCCACCAGGAAACCAUCUUAACAGGCAGACUGGCAAAGCAUAGAGGAAAAACAUAUGAGAGCAUACAAACCCAGCCUGUUGUCUUUAACCCAACACACACCGUGCCAGUGUUGGGAAAUGUGAUUGUCCCAUCUGCAACAAUCCCAGCAUCUAGUAAUGAUAAAGCAGAGGCCACAAAUAACCACCAAACACUAUCAUUUGGAGGACAGGGCACGAAACCAGGAAAGUUCCAGUUUCCAGCUAGUGUUGCAGUGUCAGAUGAAGGGGAGAUCUUUGUAGCAGACAGAUGGAACAAGAGAAUCCAAGCCUUCACCCUGCAGGGAACGUUUGUGCAUGAGUUCCCAACAAUCGUGCCAGGUGGACAGAAGAUGGAACCAAACGAUGUGGCCUUAGAUGGGAAGGGGAACCUGUGGGUGGCGGGGGAGAAAGACCAGGCCGAGUUUGUUGUGCAGUACACCAAACAGGGCAGAGCUGUGACAAAGAUUGACCUACAGAAGACAGGGUGGGUGAGAGGAGUCGCUGUGGACACCAGGAGGAACCACAUCAUUGUUACACAAACCACAGGAGACAGGGACAACCUACAUGGUGAAGUGAUGAUGUUUACGCCAGAUGGAACACCUGUGAGAACUGUAGGUGGGAAGAAGAACUCGCUUGCAUCACUGGUAUCAAGGCAGCAGAAGAUGACGCAUCCAUGGUACAUUACAGUGGACGGGGAAGGGAACAUCUUUGUGUCAGACUGUGGCAAUCACUGCAUCCAUGUUUACAGCGAGGACGGACAGUUCCUGUUCCAGUUUGGGGGAAGUGGUGAAGGUCAGCUGCAGGGGCCCAUGGGUGUCUGUGUGGACGGAUAUCGGGUAACGUCAUCGUGGUGAACAGUAGAAACGGCCACGUGGAGAUGUUUGACAAGACAGGCAGAUUCCUCAAGCACAUCACUACAGCCAUGACAAGGCCAUGUGCUGUUGCCAUAGCAACACAAGGGCAGCUUGUGGUGACAGACUUGAGGAGCCAUACCAUCCAUGUUAUGUAAAACUAGAUCAAAUAGCACGAUGUAGCCCACAUUCAGAGAGCAAUGGUGAUUAUCUGUGUCACUGUAAAGUUGUUGACCUUCAUGUUCCAUUACUAUAUGAGAAAGGUACUUUUAUAAUUUUGUUGUUUUUACUUAGUUUGGUUCCAUAUGUAAUAGAAGCUGUACAUGCAACAGAGCAUACAAUGUAUGUCUUACUAAUUUUGUAGCACUUCAUACCAAAGUGCAGUAAUACUGUCAAGAUGAGGAAAUUUGUUGUUACCUUGAUAAUCCUUCUGAUGUCAAUAUUUACUCAAGAAUAGAGCAUUGAUUAUUGAAAAGUCAAGUUAGUGUUUUCUGUCCAUCUCCAGUUUGGUAAACACAUUUUUCAAUUGACUUUUGGGACAGCUUUUGACACUGUGUUGAACCUUGUCUUUGCUUCUAAUGUUAUGAAUGUAAGAGCUGCACUGUCCUAAUGUAUGUUGGCAUAAAGCUUAACAUUGUAAGAAGAGUUACGUGCCAAAGUCGUCAUAUGGUCAUAAAUAAAUAGAUGUGAUGGUCAAAUACUGUUUCAUUGCUUCCAAGGUGAUCACAUUAAGCAUGAUUACUUAUGCUUUCCUGAUAUAAUAUCCAACAGUAUCAUGGCAGGCUUAUACAUUAGAAAAACAAUCCCCUUGCACAUGCAUGCACGCACACACAAACCACCAAUGGACAAGACUCUGCUGUAGUGUUUGCACCUCUGUAUGGCCCAAGGAAUAGGGAUGCCACAUGGAGAUAGUCACAACUCUUUUUGCCAACAGUGUAGGAAUUGCGUGAACUUGUACCACACACACACACCCAUUCUAGCUCUACUUCGGAAGAUGCCAUACACCAGUUAUCAAAAAGAAGCUAGCUAUGUUUUCCCAACUGUUAACUUUAACUUUCAAAAGUUCUACCUUUGUCCAAACAUGCCCAUUCCUCAAGGAAAAAGGAGUUGACUCAUCAGUUCUUUCACUACAAAACUUUAUAUACAACACGUAAGUAAAGUAAGAAAACAACUUCUUAGCUGCUCUGAGCAGCAAAUAAUGUAUUACAGUCAUGAUUGUUUAUAAGCACAUCCAGAAACAGAACUUCAGGGUAGUAAGAACGUCAUCAACAUUUUGGGGGAAAAUGAACCCAUGUCUCAACCUUGAAAAAAUAGUACACAAAGCCCACAGAAAUUGCUUAGUAGUAAUACAUAAUCAUUACAUGUCAUUAUGUGAAAUUUAUAAUAAUAACUUAGCUUUUAACAAAGACUAACCAACUGGGGUUCAGUACAUACAUUCUUUCAGUAGCUUAACAAA